UCCCCGCGGCCCCUCCCCCCGGCUCCAGAGCCCGCGUCCAACUUCCCGACGGCGCGGCGCCUGGGAGCUCUGUCCGUCGGCCCGCUCGCCCUCCCGGGGCCCUCAUGGGAAAUCGGUGAAAUAGAUGAGGGAUUCCCCUUCCCCAUCCCCUCCCCAAAAACAUAAAAAACAAUAAAUAACCUCCUCAUCCUCCUCCCCACACCACCACCUCCUCCCCACCUGCCCCACACACCCCCCCUCGGUCACCUCUCGAGAAAGUUUGGCCAGCAAUGAUGGCUUAGCGGCGGCGAGCAGAGGGGGCCUGCGCGCUGGCGUUGAUGCCGUUGACUCGCAGAGCCAGCAGGAAGGCCAGUCGAGACGCGGACGAAGGAAGGAGGAGGAGAAGGCAGAGGAGGGAGCCGUCCCACCACCCGCGCGGACGUGGGGAGGAGGAGGAGGAGGAAGAGGGACUGCGACGACGACGGGCAUUAUGGCCGACCCCAUGAUGGAUCUCUUCGAAGAUGGCAACAUCUUCGACUCGGAGAGCCUGCCGGGGCUUGGCGCCGAGGCCUUCGCCGACGGUGGAGGCGCUGCCGCCGACCCCCUAGAGCAGCAGCUGCAGAUGGAGCAAGGCUACGGUGGGAUGCAGCAGCAGCAGCCUCAACAGCAGCAGCAGCCUCAGCACAAGCUACACCACUACGAGCAGUAUGCGCAGUAUCAGUCGCCCAGAAAGUACCCGCAGCAGGGGGAGCAGGGCAACGGGAUCGCGGGGCCUCAGGGCCCGCAGUACCACCCCAACCCCCCCACUGGCCAGUACGGCCUGUGUCCACCCUACAUGGAUGCAGACCCUUUGUGGGGGGGGCAGGGCCCGGCCAGCGGGCCCCCUGCUCCUCCGCCAAACUCCAAUGCGUACCACCAGGUUGGACAUCCGCCGCCGACUAUGCAGACGCAGCAGCUUAGCUACAUGCAACCUCACCACGACUAUGCCUUACACCAGCAGCAGCAGCAGGGCCCCAUGCAGCCUCCCCAAGGUGGGCCUCAUCCGCCUGUGGGGCCGGGGCCACCGCCGCCACCCCCCCAGCAGAGGAUGAACCAGUACGGGCCGGACGGCCGCAACCCGUACAUGGGCGGCGUGGCGGUGCCGCACUCGCAUGGCAUGAUGCCGCCCCACCAGGCGUGUGGCCCACCGGCCUACAUGCAGGCCCCGGGGGCGCCCCCGCCGCCACCGCAGCAGCAGCAGUAUCCGGUCAGGGGUCAGACGAACAGCAUGCCUCCGCCACCCUCUAACCACGGUGCGAGCAACUCAGGACAGUUCCCUCACCCGUACCAGUACGCCACGCAGCCGCAGAGGCCUGCCAACCCGGGCGCAAUGGGCCACGACGGGCCGCCGCCGGGCCACGGCUUCGCAGGGGGCCCCGGGAGCCCCCAGUUCCUGCGGCAUGCCCAAGGGGCCAUGAAUGUACACCCUCUGAACCCAAACCAAAUGAACCAAAUGUCGGCUAUGCAGAACACUGCGAAUCCUCAGAGCCAGGCACAGUCGCAGCACACUCAGGGAAACUUCAGCGCGUCCCCCAUGAAGGGAGGAGGCCUAAGCCAGCAGCCACUGGGACCCGGCCAGCAACCGAGCGGAUUUCCCGUUAUGCAGCAGCAGUCUCAACAGGUGACAAUGGUGGGCACCGCUGGGCCUCAGCCUGCCUCCAGCGGCGGUGGCAUGGUGGCGCUGUCGGGCCAGCGGUUUGUGCUAGCGCCGGCCCACUCGGGCCCACCUCACCAGGGCCCACCUCACCAGGGCCCACCUCACCAGGGCCCACCUCAUCCUGGGCCACCCCAUCAGGGACCUCCUCACCAGGGUCCUCAUCCGGGUCCGCCUCACCAGGGUCCCCACCCGGGCCCUCCUAACCAUGGUCCCCACCCGGGACCUCCUCACCAGGGUCCGCACCCAGGACCUCACCAGGGUCCCCACCCGGGACCUCACCAGGGUCCCCACCCAGGACCUCACCAGGGUCCCCACCCGGGACCUCACCAGGGUCCCCACCCGGGACCUCCUCACCAGGGUCCGCCCCACCCGGGACCUCCUCACCAGGGUCCGCCCCACCCGGGACCUCCUCACCAGGGUCCGCCUCACCAGGGACCUCCCCAUCAUGGGCCUCCUCACCCAGGUCCACCUCACCCAGGACCCCCUCAUCAGAGUCCUCACCAGGGAUCCCCUCACCAAGGGCCACCUCAUUCGGGCAUGACUCACCAAGGCCCACCUCACCCAGGAUCUCCACAUCCAGGACCUCAUCCAGGUCCUCAUCAGAGUCCUCACCAAGGACCCACUCACCUUGGUCCUCACCAGGGUUCCCCUCACCCGGGACCCCCUCAUCAUGGCCCUCACCUGGGACCUCCACAUCAUGGCCCACCUCACCAGGGACCUCUACACCCUGGGCCACCUCACCCCGGCCCCCCUCACCAGGGACCCCUCCACCAGAUGUCACCUCACCAGAUGUCACCUCACCAGAUGUCUCCUCACCAAAUGUCACCUCACCCUGGCCUACCACACCCAGGUCCACCUCACCCGGGCCCACCUCACCCGGGACCCCACCACCAGGGUCCCCACCACCAGGUGCCACCUCACCAGAUGCCACCUCACCCAGGCAUGCCUCACCAGGGCCCUCUGCAUCAGGAUCCCUACCACACAGGCCCACCCCACCAGGGGCCCCCUCACAUGGGGCCCCUCCACCCGCAUAUGGGCCCCCACCACCAGGGGCCCCCCAUGCAGGGCCUACCCCACCCGGGCUUGGGGGCAGCGCCGUCGUCGGCGGGGCCCGUCAACCAGCAGCAGCAGCAGCCGCCCCCCAUGCAGAUCAAGCUUCAGAUAAAGCUGCAGCCUAAACAAGGCCCUCCAAGCACGCAGGUCCCACAGAUGGUCCCUCUGAGCCACCAGGAGACCGUCGCCACCCAACCCGACACGACCACGCUGAAGCCCGGCCGCAAGGGCAAGCGCAAGCGCGCGUCCCAGGACGACGAAGGCGGCGGCGGCGAUGCCGAUGCCGACCCCAACGGGCAGGGCCAGGCCAAGGCCAAGGGCGGCCGGGGCCCGGGCAAGGCCAAGGGCCCCGGCCGCAAGAAGCAGUCGCAGGAGAAGGCGAGCGACAAGGCCAGCCGCAUCGUCGCGGAGGCCAUCGCGAAGGCGCGGGCGCGGGGGGAGACCGACAUCCCCCGCGUGCUGGCGCCGGCCGAGAUGCACGACGGGCGUCCGCUGGGGCAGCCGGCGGGGCUCGACGCCGGCGGCGACCUCGACAUCGCGCUGCCGCAGGCCAAGAAGCCCAAGAAGAAGGCCGCGGCUGGCGCCGCUGCCCCCCCCAAGGAGCCCAAGGCCCCCAAGGAGCCCAAGAAGCCCAAGGAGCCCAAGGAGCCCAAGAAACCCAAGGAGAAGAAGGAGAGGAAGCCCAAGACGGCCACCUCUACGACGCAGCCCAAAGCGAAGGCCGGCAAGAAGAACAGCAAACCUCCGGUGUCGCCCGGCUCGCUAAAGAAGAGCAAGAAGAGGAAAGGGGAGCUCUCGCCGGACCACUCGGACAUGGAGCGCACGCCGCCUCCCUCUCCACCCGAGGAGGAGAGCCUGAUCGAGAAGCGGCGCUCGAACCGGCACGUGAAGCGCAAGCGCUACACUGAGGACCUGGAGAUGAAGCUAACCGACGACGACGGCGACGACGACGAGGAGGUGGACGUGACGGGGACUGGCGCCAGCCCGGUGGGCCGCUCGGCCCAGCACGGCGCGGAACAUCUGGGCGAGGAGGAGGCGGCGGUCGUCGACAAAAUCCUGGCGAUAAGGACGACCCGGAACGAGCUGCCUUCCGGCGAGGGUUCCGUCGAUGUCGAGGAAUUCUACGUCAAGUACAAGAACUACUCGUACCUGCACUGCGAGUGGGCCACCGUGCCGCACCUGGAGCGGGACAAGCGUGUCCACCAGAAGAUCAAGCGCUACAAGGCCAAGCAGGCGCUGCUCAACAACUUCUUUGCCGAGAUGGACGACGAGCCGUUCAACCCCGACUACGUGGAGGUGGACAGGAUCCUCGAGGUUUCCCACUGCACCGACAAGGACAGCGGGGAGCCGGUGACGUACUUCCUGGUGAAGUGGUGUUCCCUGCCGUACGAGGAGAGCACCUGGGAGCUUCGGGAGGACGUCGACGCCACCAAAAUCACCGAGUUCGAGCAACUACGCACCUGCAAACUGGACACCACCAGAAUGGACCGGCCGCCGGCCAACGAGUGGGUGAAGUUGGAGCGCUCGCGCGACUACAAGAACGGCAACCAGCUGCGCGAGUACCAGCUGGAGGGCCUCAACUGGCUGCUCUUCAACUGGUACCAAAAGCAAAACUGCAUCCUGGCGGACGAGAUGGGGUUGGGAAAGACGAUCCAGUCGAUCACGUUCCUGCAGGAGAUGGUGUACGUGGGCAUCCGUCGGCCGUUCCUCAUCAUCGCGCCGCUUUCCACCAUCGCUAACUGGGAGCGGGAGUUCCGCACGUGGACCGACCUGAACGCCAUCGUGUACCACGGCAGCCUGGCGAGCCGCCACAUCAUCCAGCAGUACGAGAUGCACCACCGCGACGAGCAGGGCCGCGCGAUUCCCUGCGCAUACAAGUUCGACGCCAUCAUCACGACCUUCGAGAUGAUCCUCACCGACUGCCCCGAGCUGCGCGACAUCGGCUGGCGCUGCGUCAUCAUCGACGAGGCGCACCGCCUCAAGAACCGCAACUGCAAGCUCCUCGAGGGGCUCAAGCAGCUCAAUCUGGAGCACAAGGUGCUGCUGACGGGGACGCCGCUCCAGAACACCGUGGAGGAGCUCUUCAGCCUGCUCAACUUCCUGGAGCCGGCGCGCUUCCCGUCGGAGCCGGCGUUCCUCGAGGAGUACGGCGACCUCAAGACGGAGGAGCAGGUGCAGAAGCUGCAGGCCAUCCUGAAGCCCAUGAUGCUGCGGCGUCUCAAGGAGGACGUGGAGAAGAAUCUGGCGCCCAAGGAGGAGACGAUCGUCGAGGUGGAGCUCACCAACAUCCAGAAGAAGUACUACCGCGCCAUCCUGGAGCGCAACUUCUCCUUCCUGGCCAAGGGCGCGUCGGGCGGCCAGGCCAACCUGCCCAACCUCAUGAACACCAUGAUGGAGCUGCGCAAGUGCUGCAACCACCCGUACCUCAUCAACGGUGCGGAGGAGAAGAUCCUGGAGGAUUUCCGCGAGUCGCACGGGGUGGACGCCAUGGACUUCCACCUGCAGGCCAUGAUCCAGGCGGCCGGCAAGCUGGUGCUGAUCGACAAACUCCUGCCCAAACUCAAGGCCGGCGGGCACAAGGUGCUCGUCUUCUCGCAGAUGGUGCGCUGCCUCGACAUCCUCGAAGACUACCUCAUCAAUCGCCGGUACCCGUACGAGCGGAUCGACGGGCGCGUGCGCGGGAACCUGCGGCAGGCGGCCAUCGACCGCUUCUGCAAGCCGGACUCGGACCGCUUCGUCUUCCUGCUGUGCACGCGCGCCGGCGGGCUCGGCAUCAACCUCACGGCCGCCGACACCUGCAUCAUCUUCGACUCGGACUGGAACCCGCAGAACGACCUGCAGGCCCAGGCGCGGUGCCACCGCAUCGGGCAGAGCAAGGCAGUGAAGGUUUACCGGCUCAUCACUCGCAACUCGUACGAGCGCGAGAUGUUCGACAAGGCGAGCCUCAAGCUGGGCCUCGACAAGGCCGUGCUGCAGUCCAUGAGCGGUCGGGAGAACGCCACCAACGGGGUGCAGCAGAUGUCCAAGAAGGAGAUUGAGGACCUGCUGAGGAAGGGCGCUUACGGGGCCAUCAUGGACGAGGAGGACGAGAGCUCCAAGUUCUGCGAGGAGGACAUCGACCAGAUCCUGCAGCGCCGCACGCACACCAUCACCAUCGAGACAGAGGGCAAGGGCUCCACCUUCGCUAAGGCGAGCUUCGUGGCAUCGGGGAAUCGGGACGACAUCUCUCUGGACGACCCCAACUUCUGGGCUAAGUGGGCAAAGAAAGCGGAAGUCGACCCGGACGCAUUCAGCCGCAGGAACACGCUGGUUAUCGACACACCGCGCGUGCGCAAGCAGACGCGGCACUACGACGCGGUGAAGGGCGAGGAUCUGGACUUCUCGGAGGGCGACAGCGACGACGAGCGGGCGACGCCACGCACGCGCCGCAGCCACGACCGCGCCACGGGAUACGCGCGCACCGAGUGCUUCCGCGUCGAGAAGAACCUCCUCAUCUACGGCUGGGGCCGGUGGACCGACAUCCUGUCGUACGGGCGCUUCAAGCGCCGGCUGGCCGAGGGCGACGUGGAGGCCAUCUGCCGCUCGUUGGUAGUGUACUGCCUGCAGCACUACCGCGGCGACGAGAAGAUCAAGGCCUUCAUCUGGGACCUCAUCACUCCCACGGCCGACGGGCAGACGCGCACGCUGCAGAACCACUCGGGCCUGUCGGCGCCGGUGCCGCGUGGCCGCAAGGGCAAGAAGGUCAAGGCCCAGAGCGGCCUGCCUGACCUGGAGAAGGCCGACUGGCUGACCAAGAGCAACCCGGAGGUCAUCCUGCAGGACGAAGGCUACAAGAAGCACCUCAAGCAACAGUGCAACAAGGUGUUGCUGCGGGUGCGCAUGCUCUACUACCUGCGGCAGGAGGUGAUCGGGGACCAGGCUGAGCGAGUGCUGCAGGGGUGCGACUCCAGCGAGAUCGACGUGUGGAUCCCAGAGCUCGACCAGGGCGACCGUCCGGCCAGCUGGUGGAACUCAACGGCCGACAAAUCCCUGCUCAUCGGGGUCUUCAAGCACGGCUAUGAGCGGUACAACUCGAUGCGCGCGGACCCGACGCUCUGCUUCCUGGAGAAGGUCGGCAUGCCGGACCAGCAGGCCUUCGCAGCCGAGCAACGCGGGGGUGAUCUGGGCGAUGGCGGAGAGUUUGAGCGCGACGAGGGCGAGGAUCCGGAGUACAAGCCGGCGCGCGCCGCCUUCCGGGACGACAUCGACAUCGAGGACGACUUCAUGUCGUCGUCGGACCUCAAGAUGACGAUCUCCGACGACGCCGGCGGGGUCGGCGGCAGCUCGUGCGGCGACGGCAGCGGGCGGCCGGGCUGGCCGUCGGGCUCGGCGCUCACCACGCGCCUGCGUCGCAUCGUCACGGCGUACCAGCGCUGCUACAAGCAGCAGCAGCAGCGGCUGCUGGCGGCGGCCAAGCCCGACCGCAGGCGGCGCCGCCGCAACGAGGAGCUCAUCCAGGCUCGCGAGGCCGCCAAGACGGAGCGCCGGCAGAGGUGGACGCGCCGCGAGGAGACGGAUUUCUACCGCGUGGUGUCGACGUUCGGCGUGGAGUACGACCCCGAGCGGCAGCAGUUCGACUGGGCGCGCUUCCGCGCCUACGCGCGGCUCGACAAAAAGACGGACGAGAGCCUCACCAAGUACCUGCUGGCCUUCCUCGCCAUGUGCCGCCGCGUGUGCCGCAUGCUGCCGCACGAGAGCGACCGCCUCGUGGACCCGUCGCUGCUGCUGGCCCCCAUCACGGAGGAGCGCGCGUCGCGCACCCUCUACCGUAUCCAGCUGCUGCGCAAGGUGCGCGAGCAGGUGCUGCGCCACCCGCAGCUGGAGGAGCGCCUGCUGCUGUGCGCCCCCUCCUACGACCUCCCCGAUUGGUGGGAGUGCGGUCGGCACGACCGCGAGCUGCUCAUCGGCGCCGCCCGCCACGGAGUCAGCCGCACCGACUACCACAUCCUGUGUGACGCCACGCUGCCCUUCCGCGAGGCGCAGCAGAGGUACAUCCAGUGCCAGACGUCCUCCAGCACCAAUAACGCCAACGCGCUGGCGCUACUGCGGCACCAACACCACCACCGUGCCGCAGCCUCCCCGGUGGCAGGGGACCCCCCCGACGAAACCGCUAAUGGGGCGACGGUGGCGGCGGCGGCGGCGGUGGCUGGGCCGGACGGAGGGGCGGGAGGUCCCGACGAAGGGCCGGAGAAGGGCCCCGACGGGACGGCGCCGGCCGAGGGAGAGGACGGCGCCGUUGCCGCCGAGGCGCCGGUAGAGGUGAAGUCCGAGUCGAGCGAGGAGAGAGUGGAGAACUUCGGAGAGGCCGAGGUGCACGUGAAGUCGGAGCCGUUGGCCGAGGUGGACGCAGGCGUCGGGGAGCCGUCGGCGCCGCCGCCCGCGGAUGAGGUGGAGGAGCCGAGGUCUGCCCCCAAACUCGACGGCACCGAAACGAAACCGGACUCCGGGGCCGUCACCGCAGAGCCCGACGUGCCAACGAAGCAGGAAGCGGCGGAGAAGCCAGAAGCGCCCACGAAGCGGGAGGAUGACGAGCCGGUGGUGAUGAAGCAGGAGGAGGACGUGCCUGUGAAGAAGCAGGAGGAGGAAGCAUUAGGGAAGCAGGUGGAGGAAGCUUUGGGGAAGCAGGAGGAGGAAGCAUUAGGGAAGCGAGUGGAGGAAGCUUUGGGGAAGCAGGAGGAGGAAGCAUUAGGGAAGCGAGUGGAGGAAGCUUUGGGGAAGCAGGUGGAGGAAGCGUUGGGGAAACAGGAGGGGGAAGCUUUGGGGAAGCAGGAGGGGGAAGCUUUGGGGAAGCAGGAGGAGGAAGCUUUGGGGGAGGAGGAAGCGUUGCGGAAGCAGGAGGAGGAAGCGUUGCGGAAGCAGGAGGAGGAAGCGUUGCGGAAGCAGGAGGAGGAAGCGUUGCGGAAGCAGGAGGAGGAAGUGCUUUCCAAGGUGAAGCAGGAAGUGCUGGCCAAGGUGAAGCAGGAAGUACCGGCCGAGGUGGUGGUGGAGGAGAGCAGGACAGAGGAGGUGAAGGAGGAGGCGCGUCGCGAGGAAGCGCGGAGGAAGAGCAGUGAGGACGGCGAGGAAGACGACGAGGAGACGGACAGCGACGACGAGGAGAAGUCCGACUUCGAGUUGAAGGCUCGCGGCGUGACCGGGUCUUUGCAACCCCGGGCGUUCGCCGACGAGAGCAACGCGUCAUUCGGGCGCGGGGACGACACGCUGGACGACUCGGUGCGUGAGGAGGGGGAGUUGUGCCCGCCCGGAUACCCCGACCCCCACCAGCCCAUCUACACCUUCUCCUACUGGCCCAAGGACCGCGUGAUGAUCAACCGCAUCGACCAGAUCUGCUACACGGUGCUUCGGGGCAAGUGGCCGUCGGCACGGCGACUGGUGCUGGAGGUGGUGGCCUCGACAAGCGCGGUUGCUGCGGUUGCCGCGGCAACGCCGGUGCCGGCACCAGCAGCGCCCCCGGUGGCGACCUUUACCCCCAGUGGCACGGACAGCCCGUUGGCCAACGACUCGCCGGCCCUGAGCAUCGCCGAGGAGACGGGCGCUCCGUCUCCGCAGCUCGCCAAGGACGACGACCUCAAGCUCCCCUUCCACAAGCAGCGGCGCAAACGGCGCAAGAAGGCGGAGAUCGAGGCCGAGCAGGUGGCCAAGCGGCGCAGCCUCAUGGACCUCAUGGCGCAGGCCAUGGACCCCACCAAGGCGCCACCGGUGGCCCCGGCGGCGGCGGCGGCGGCCGCCCCGGCGACGAUCGGCCUUCCGGACGAGCUGUGGCAAGACUCGGCCGUCGACCUCUCGUUCUUCGCCGCCGAGAGCGGCUCGGGUUCCGUCGGCGCGGAGGGCUCGGCGCCGGCGUCCAGGGGCAAUGCCGGCACGGCCGCCGUCCCCUCCCGGGGGGCCCCGGCCGAUGUGCUCAAGGCCCGCCUGGACGCGGUGCUGCAGGCGCGAGCGCUGGCCUCGGCCGGAUCGGCGGCGGCGGCGGCGGCGGCGAGGGCCGGCCUCAACAACGGCGCCCUGACGGGCGGGGACGGCACCGCCGCGAGGGACGCGCUGGGGGCCGGCAGAGUCGUCCGCAAGCGCCGGGGCCGCAGGAAGAACGUGGAGGGGUUUGACCUUAGCCUCAUGACGAGCCACAAGCACGGCGGAGCGGACGACGCCGAUGGCGCCAAGCCGGUGGACGAGGCGGCUGCCGCGGCGACGGCGGCGGCCGUCACAGCGGCGGCGACGGCGGCGGCGAGCGUGCCCGUGGUGUCGGCGGCGGCGGCGGCACCGGCCGAAACGCCGGAGUCGCGAGUGCCGGUGGUGAGCCUGCAGGAUGGCACCCGCCUGGCGGGGCAUGACGCGCCAUCACGGCGCCAGCUGGAGGAGUUCCUCAAGCAGAACCCGGCGUACACCGUGGACAUGGCCAGCCUGCUGCCGAGCGCCAGCGGCCUCCUGGUGGACCCCCUCGACAAGCCGAAGAAGAAGCGCCACCGCUGCAAGAACCCGCACAAGCUGGACGUGCGCAGACUCACGGGGGAGGAGCGCGUGCCCGUCGUCAACCGCCGCUCCGCCAAGAAGAUGGGCGGUGCGAUGGCACCCACGCUCAAGGAGCUGGCGCGGUGGCUGCAGGAGAACACGGAGUUCGCCGUCCCCGACGACUGGGGCGAGGUCGUCAAGCAGUCGGGCUUCCUCCCCAACGCCAUGUUCGGCCGUAUCCUCACGGGCCCCGUGGUGCCGGAGGAGGGCGCGCGCCGGCGCGGGCGCCGCCCCAAGGCCUCUGCGCUCCUCAAAGCCUCGACAAACUCCCUCGUUGGCGGCGGCGCCGGCGGUGGCGCCGGCGGCGGCAGCCUCCUUUCGGCGAGCACCGGCGACCUCGCGAACCUCGCGAACCUGCAAAGCCUGCACAGCCUACAACUCGCCAGCCUCAUGGGCUUCCCGACGGCGCUGGGCGGCGGCGCCGGCUCGUCGUCCGACGACGUGAAGGCCGCGGCCGCUGCGGCGAUGCUGCCCAUGAUGCUGCCGGGGUUGGGGCCCAUGUUCGGCCUUGGAGGGCUCCUCAACACGGCGCUAGCGUCCUCCGCCGGCGCCGACGCAAACGGAAAAGCGGACGGGGAGCAGGGGACUUCCUCUUCGGCGGCGGCGGCGGUGAUGGCGGCGUUGCUGAACGAUGGGAAAGACGGCGGCGUGGACGAAGACGGCGCGCCGGGCACCAGCGGCAGGUCGGCGGCCGCUACCGCCGCCGCCACGGCAGCGUUCAACAGCAACCUGCUGGCGUCCAUCAGCCCCUUCCUGCUGUCCCCGCAGCUGCUCUACCCCUCCAUGUUCCCACUGUCGGGCCUGGGCGUGACUCUGCCCGGCUUUGCGCAGCAGCAGCAGCAGCAAGAGCACCAGCAGCAGGAGGAAGAGCAGCAGCAACUGCUGCAGCAGCAGCAGGCGGGAAUCGCCGUGAGUUCGACGCCGAGUAGAGCCCGUUCGAGCGUGGGCAAGGGCGCCGGCGUGACGGGCAAAGCCAAGAAAAAGGCCGCGCUGAAGCAGGCGGCAGCAGAGCAGCAGCAGCAGGAACAGCAGCGGCAGGAGCUGGAGCAACAGAAGCAGCAGCAGCAGCAGCAGCUGCUGAAAGUUGCGAAGAAGCAGGGGCGCGGGGAAAUGAAGGAGGCGAAAGCACUUGCGGCCGCACGGGCAGAAGAGGAGGAGGAUGACGACGACGAUGACGACGACGACGAUGACGACGACGAUGACGACGAUGACGACGACGACGACGACAACUCGUCAGACGACAGCAGCGGUGAGGAGGCGCUCAAUAAGACGGGACUGUCGUCGCUCACCGAGGACGACUCCACGUUGCUGGACGACUCCGACUCGGACGCCGGCGCCGAGUGAAGCGCCGUGUGCCCCAAGGGGAAUGGCAGGAGGGGGGGGGGGGCGUGCGGACGUCGGCCCCUUUGCCCUUUGCCCCCCGCCCCCCGCCCUGUCGGAGCGGGCCCGGUUGGUUGCUCGCUGCGGCGGUGGGGGGGGGGUGGUGGCGGUUUAGCUGGAGCGGGAUUUAAUUUCAGCGAUGCCACGGUGUGGCCGCCAGUUUUCCAGAAAAAAAUGUAAACUUCAGGAAUCCUUUAUUUUUACUUUUUCCUUUUUUUGUAAUGGACGACGAUGGUCUUUCUUUCUCAUUUUUGUUAAUUACGUUCCCUCUGCGACUGCUCGGCACGUGUCUACCCGACCCCAAUCUCCCCCGCCCACUUCCCUCCGGGCAUCUCAGCUCUCCAACCCGUGCCCACCGCCCCCAGCAUUUGUCGAAUGAAUAAUUGAACAAACCGGCAUCGAUUUGGACGCACCGACUUGCCAUUUCUUGGCUCCCGAGCGCCGUCACCGGACGCCGCCGCCACCCACCGCCCUCCCGACCGCGGGAGCGCGAGCCAGGCGAGGGAACUUCACCGCACCCCGGCAAACGCAGUGACGACAACGAUCAUUUUGGACGUGCGGAGGUGGUGGUGGCAGCGGCCGCGUGGUCAUUCGCCCGUGCCGCGAUUGUGCCGGUACCGGUGUGUGCGAGUGUGUACAGUGCGAGCGUGCGAGUGUGUGAAUGAGCGCCAACGUGCGCGCUGCGUUAAGCGGCGAGUAAAUCCGGGUUUAAUCUUCCAACGGGCAUUGCUGACUAGAGCCGGGCGUGCGUGCGUGCUUGCCCGCCCGUUCACUUGCUCGCCCGUCGCCCCCCAACCCCACGCUCGUCCCUUGCGUCACCCCGUGAACGAGCGGAGGUGGACGCUCGGGUUAUGAGCGAGCGAACGUCACGUGCGCACGCACGCACGCCCUUUCCGCUCUCACCUCGAGUAUUCAGGUAUCUUUUUGUUUUAGUUUAUUAUUUUUGAUUUCGUAAUACUUCCUUGAGUCAAACACUGUUAAAAAAUAAUAAUAAUCACACGAGACACUAUCUUAUCACAGGUAAUAAAAGCGAUGACGGCAAAGUCGAUCGGCUGCGGAAAUAAGAAAAACACAAAACCAAUGAACGAAAGGGGAGAGACGCAAACCUCUCUCCCACGACCGCAGUACUCGCUUACGACGUGAAUGUGCAUGGGGCCGGCCACGUGCCUGCCUUUCCCUAACACUGAUUGUACGCGACUUUACUACAAUUCACCGACACGCCGCCGCCGCUGCUGCUGCUGCAGCUGCAACAGCGGCGACAGCUGCAAGGAGGGUGAAAGUUUUUAAGUGAAACGGCCGAACCUGAAGGGGACUCUUUUUCUUCCCCAGCGAAUCCCGCCAGGAGCAGAGCCUGGCGCGUGUCUGUGCGUAGCUUGUUAAUGACGUCGACAAGUGAUUUAAUAUUGUAAUAAGAAUAACGAUGACGACGACGACAAUAAUGUUCAUAAUAAUAAGAGGGAAUCUGAGUGUCCCCCCCCCUCCCUCUUCCCCCACCGUGUGACUUUGUUAGUUAUAGGCAAGUGGACAUGAAUGUUGAAUUUGUUUUUGAAUUAGUUGAAAGUUUGUAAAUCGGCAUGAAGUUUUUGCAGUGUAGCCAAAACAAAUGGGAGAAGAGGAAUACAAAAAAAAACACAACACACAAAAAAAUAAUGUAAAACCUUUAAAAAAUAUAUAUAAAAACUGGCCCCUAGCGUGUUAACGACGAUAGCUGUCUUUAGUUGACGUGCAUUAGGAUGACUUAGAGCGAAUGUAACGUACAUCGGGGAGUUAUAUAUCAGCGCCUCGUUGAUUUCUCUAUAGUUAUUUUUAUUUGAUAAUCGACCCGGCCGUGUGUAUUUUUUAAGUCGGACCAUCAGAAUGUGACUGUGGCCGCAGCAAUAACCCCGGCAGCUAUAAAUCGGGUUACCGGGUCACCGGGUCACUGGCCAUCGGUUCAGAGGGACUUGGACCCUCGGGUUGGGUGACCUUUUUAAACAGAACAACCCGUUCAACUUUUCACCACUGACAAAUAACGGAAAAAAAAUCUGAAGUGAUGGAAUAACUCAUCAGGUAGCACUACUCAGAGAUCUCGCGAUUUGUUUCGUUAUUUUUUUUAUUUAGGUUUUAAUUAAUUUGUUUUGUUUUUUCUCAAAGAUGUAUUUUAAUAGAAUUACUCGCGGUGCACUGUGACUAUUCAGGUACUCCUCCGUGCUCUGGCCCCACGGCCCCGCUGGUCUCCUCCAGGGUCCCGUUUCCCCGCGGGAAGGGGGCCGCAGUGUUGCGCAAGCACGGGGUUGGGGUUGUCGGGGCCGGUUGUGUUGUUAAGGGAGCCCCCCCCCCCCCCCAUACAGAUUGGCGUAAUACAAAGAAAGAGCCCCCCCCCUCCCCCACCUUGCUCCUCUGCCACAGGGAGUGUCCUACGUCUGACCACCUCCAGCUCGCCUAACCCUCCGUCCCUCUCUCACCUCCUUCUCUCACCCCCUAUCUCCCGUCCCCUCCCUACAGCCAAUAUCAUAUCCUCCGUGAUUAAAAAGACGCUCUGGAAAGUAAGAGGCACCGCAAACUGGUGCCUGGUGGCGGUUAAGCUUUUUUUUUGUUCAAAUCCGGUCUCUCUCGCGCGCACACAGCUCCCGGGGAUUACAAGACUCAUCCCUUAGCUUUUAAGCUACUCUAUUCUGACGCAUGAUGGCAGCACACAUGGUCAGGGGCUGACUGUCGAAGCCACGGUGAGAGGGCAACUUUAGCUUUAAAAUACAGAGGGGGAGGGAUGGGUGGGGGAGUGUGUCUUGCAAUCUGUAGAAUACGGUCCCCGCAGACCGGAGAUAAGACACAGAUGUCGUCGUCCUCUCCCCGGAGGCGCCCGUGGUAAAGUGCAGCGCCGAUGGCCAGGCUUGUGCUCGGUAGAGCGGGAGAGGGGGUGUCCGCUGCUCCACCCUUACCCCUCACCUCUCACCCCCAUGCCUCCACCCCACGCCCCCGGAGCCUCUGAGUUUUGAGUGGCUGGGGUGGGGGUGGAGGGCGGUGGGACAGAAGGCAGAGGGCCAGGAUCAACUCCUCUGGGGAGUUGGAGCUGAGUGCUGGUGAUGAUGAGUGUUGGAGGGUGAGUUUGGGGGCGGAUUAGUGGAGAGAGGAGGGGGUGGGGCGCAGUGAUGAAUGAAUCUCUCACCAGCGUGUCCGGUAUGGUGUGAUGUGCGCGCGAGUGUGCGUGAGUGAGCGAGUGUGUCGGUGAGCGCCCGCGCGCUCGCACAUUUGCUGUCUGUGUAUUGAAUGUGGUUUUGUGAGUGUGGGUAAUGAGUGUGAAUAAUUGAUUGUGUGUUAGGUGCGUAUUAACUGUAGGGCUGUUUAUUCUGCGACGGUGUGACAGUGUGCGUUCAAUGUGCUCACGGUGAGACGUGUGGCCCUCGUGGUUGCGUCAGUGUUGGAACUGAGCGGCAUUAAUCAGUUUGUGGCAGUGGGCGAGUGUGAUUACGGGUGAGGUGUGGCCGCCUGGGGUGUGAAUUCAAGUGUUGGGGAAGUAUAGAGGGGGAGGGAGGGGUGCUUGCCUGCAAGGCCGCCCUCCCAUACUCCCCAAGUUGCUCUCAAACACGCAACCCCUCCCACGUACGCCACCCCGACCCACUCGCCACACCAAUCCGGACUCGAACCUUAACGCCCUCACCACAUGGCUCCUACACCCUUGGAGGAACAUCUGGCAAGACUGUAGCCUCCUUUUUGCCUUUCGGGACACGGCCCUGGUUAUUUAUUAUUACCUCAUGCUGAGCAGAUAUACGUAUAUUGAUUAAAAAAUAGAAAAAUACAAAAAAAAGUACAAAAAAUCUUGAAAAGACCGCCGCGUGCGUUUUACUGUGACGCGCGCCGGCCACGUGUAAAGGUGUACAUUGUAGCUGCUGUAAUCGCGUGUAGUGUGUAGCGACAUGUAAAGUACAGACCUCGAGGUAACCUCAUCAUCCUCCGCGCGCUGCGCCACCGAUGUUACAAACGUGCUGAAUGUUGGAAGGAAAAAAACCACAGCGCACGCUCCGGUUGGGUUGACGUUUCCGUUUUUUGUUUUUAUUUGUUGGUUUUAUUGUUUCUCUCUCUAGGUGUGCGUUUGCAUUUGCUCCUCUGGAAUAUUUGUGUUUUUAUUUUCCUUCAAGCACAAGGUGACUGUUUCAGAGUUGUUGUUUCCGCGAGGCCGUGAAAGCAUCUCUCAAGAUUUCACAAAUCAUGUGGUGGGGGCUGCUGCUGCUGGUAACAUGGCAAAUUCCGCUGUUCUGCCUGCCCCACUCAUCGCAUCAUGCUUGUCACGAACCGACCACGUAACACUACCAAACUCGCUGCAAUUUCAUUUGAAUCCCGCCAGACCUUACCUUCAACCCUCAAAACCCUGAAAAACCCUUCCUAGCCUCAGCAAAACACACCACAACCCCCACUAAUCCAACCAAAACACCACCAUAACUCCACCAAUCCCACCGAAAUCCCAGUGUAAUCCCACCAUAGCAAAAUCAAUUCCACCGAAACCCCACCAUAACCCCACCAAUCCCACCGAGAUCCCGCUGAAACCCCACCGUAACACAUCCAAUCCCACCGAAACCCCACCAAUAUCCCCGAAACGCCACCAAUCCCACCGUAACCCUCGCCAAUCUCACCGUAACCCCCACGAAUAUCCCACCAUGCUCGCUGUUACACUACCAAAUCUAUCGCAUCUCACAGGAGCCCAGCUUGAUUGGCACUCCACCCAAACCCACUCGAAUCACCAGCAAAAUAUAUCCUCUUCUGACACUACCAGUUCCUCCGAGACCGCCCCUCCCAAUCCCUAAAAAAAAACCCACCCCCGACCCCAGCAAACGCCGACCGCACCACCCGCGCGUCAUCUCACUCGCGUUGCCGCCGCUGCUUCCUCGUGCGCCGCGCGCCGUCAUCGCUGCGUGUUGUGCGCGCGCGCGUGCGUGUGGUUUUUUUUUGCGUGCGUGUUCUCAUUGUGUUCGUGGGCACGUUCACUGUGUCCGCGAGUAACAGUCGCGGGGCCGUUUGUCCGUUCGCGGGCUUGCUUGUUGUUGCUGCUGCUGCCGCCGCUGCGGGCAGGCAACUCUGCUUCUCAACACAGCCGCGCCCGCGCUUUGUACAAAGCGAGAGAGAGCGGGGAGAGAUGAGAGAGUAAGAGUACUAAUCUGCGUGCUGCCCCCCAAGCCACCCCCAUUGUGCCCCCCUCUUCCCACUGUGCCCCCCCCCACCCACCCACAUCUCCGCUUAGCCCCGGAUUGGAAGCGGUGAGCGUGAAUUUCUGCACCCGCAGUAGCGCAGUUACUGCCCCUGUUGUUACCCCCCCCCCGUCUCGUGUGUGAAUUACGUCACAAUGAAAUGCAGUCAGAUUUCCUCCUCAUGGUUGUUUGUAAUUUAUUCCUGAGUUGUAGAUCAGAAUUUGGGAGCCGAUAUUUUUAUUAAAACUCAUUCUUUUUUGCCAAA